GACCUUUGCUUGCUUAUAAAGGCUGCCCCUGCCUCCGGCUCUCAAACUGUUGUCCAGGAGACUCGCUCAGCAGUAUCACUGUUCUUAAGAUCUCCAUCUGGGAGAAGUUUUUAUUCUCAUCACCAUGGCUGUGACCAACCAACCAGGCAGAUUUGAGCCCUCUGACUUCCAGACCGGUCUGUGUGAUAUCUGUGAUGACUGCGGAACCUGCUGCUACGGAUGGUUCUGCUUCCCGUGUCUCGGCUGCUCCAUCGCCAGCGACAUGGACGAGUGCUGCCUGUGUGGUAUAAACAUGGCAAUCCGCAGCGUCUACAGAACCAGAUACAACAUCAGAGGAUCCUUGUGCAAGGAUUACAUGGCGUACUUCUUCUGCCCUGUCUGCGCCACCUGCCAGCUGAAGAGAGACAUCGACCUGAGAAAGAAGCAGGGCGUAUUCUGAACAGAUGUCGCCCUGACAACAGAGGAGCUGCAGACUGCGAGGCCGAUAAAAACGGAGCCCGUUCCUCUUUCUGAUGAAUAAAUAUUUCCUCUUUAUGACAUUCGUUUUUAUGCUCAUCUUUUCCGUAAAGCACCUUGUGUUUAGCUUUUUUCCCUUCCCUUCCCUUGGCACGUGAACUGUUCCCACCCUACGAAAGACAGAUUCUUAUCUUCCAACCAGGUCAUUGGCAUUCACUCUGCCGUGUCCCACCCAGGGCUAUGAUAUACUGCCUUUGUAUUAUGUUGUUCUACGCUGUUCAUUAACUUUUGUCUCAAAUAUUGAGAUUGGAUCAGCUAACAUGAUGCUGUAAAAGGCUUCGUUUACAUCGACAUCAGCUUGUUAAACUGUUUACAUCUUCCACAGGAGGGACUUUGGCGGCAUAAAAGUGUAUCUGAUCAGCAUCUUAAUUACAAACAUCUUAAAUGCUUAGAAUAAAUACUGUUAUGAUGGAA